AUGGCAGGGUUCACUGGACGGAAGUGUGAAAAGGAUCCAUGUUUCUCUUCUCCUUGCUUGAACGGAGGUUCCUGUAUGAGUAUGGCUAUGAACGGGUCGACUACCUUCCACUGCGCUUGCACGGAGAAUUGGACGGGGACUCACUGCGAGUCACCAGCUACCGGCGGCGCUUGCGCAGACAAGCCUUGUGUUAAGGGCAUUUGCGUGGAGCAAACAGAUGAUGACGAUGGUCCCAAAUAUCGAUGCUUCUGUGAGCCUGGUUACACGGGAGACCGUUGUGAAGAGGAGUAUAACGAAUGCGAAUCGUCUCCGUGUGCUAAUGGAGGUACUUGCACGGACCAGGUGGGAGGAUUCAUUUGUGCUUGUGGACGUGGCUACAACGGAAACACUUGCCAGUUUAAGGUGGACCUAUGCUUACCAGACCCUUGCAACGAGCACCGGUAUUGCGUGGACCACGGCAACAGCUAUUCUUGUGAAUGCCCUCGAGGUUUCGUCGGCGAAGAGUGCCAUAUUCCAGCUACUUCGAUUUGCGAUAAUAACCCUUGUGCGCAUGGCGGUACGUGCUGGAGUGGUGUGGAUUCAUUCUAUUGCUCGUGUAGACCAGGAUAUACGGGACGGCUUUGUGAAGAGGACUUCAUAUUGGAACCAGUGAUCGACGAAGGUGAAGUGGACUCGGAAACUCGAGGAGGCGGUUCAGUUCGGGUGAUGCGGCUGCCCCUUGGUCUCUAUCAUGACCGUCUCCACAAUGUGUACAUAGCCGCUGGUACUCUUGGUGCAGCAAUAGCAAUUGUUGGCGUUGUGGUUACAGCUUGCCACUGCCGCGUGAACAAAACGUAUUCUCGCCUCUUAUCCGGGCUCUCGGCGCGUGUCUCGGAAGCUGGGCCACCCCACCACUGGCUUCAGGACAAACGGGAACCGAACCCUGUCCCGUUCCAACCCCCCACUUCUUUCGACACAGACAUGUACUACACCCUUGACUUCAGCGACAACCAGAGCUCUCCUUUGAUUCAAUAG